AACUCAAGUCAAAUAGUACUUCCUACAGUACCCUAUUAAAUGACGAAUUUUGGAAAAUUACGAACAUAGAGAAAUAUUUGACUUGCUUCCAUUACAUGAUUUACACACUCUUCCUUUUUUCGAGCGAUAUCGAAGAAGAAACUCAAAUCGAUAUGAUUAUUGGCAUCGUAUUUACUUCGAUGGGAAUCAUAUUAGAUAUUUGGUUAUUGUCGAAAGCUUAUAUGUUAAUAAGAACGAAAUAUGGCCCUAAACUUCAGUUUCAAGAGAUUCGAUAUCAAAUGCGAGAAUAUAUGGCAUUUAAACGCUUAGGAAAAUCCACAAAACAAAGAGUCUUAAAGUUCUACGACAUUUCAUUCAAUGGUGAAUUCUAUCGAAAGCGAGAAAUCAAUGACAUGCUACAGAAACAAUUGAAGCAUGAAGUGGCAACGGAAUUAAAUAGAGAAC